UAGAGACCCCAAAAACCUUAGCAACUAUGCCAAUCUUUCACAUCAUAAAUACCCUUCAUACAAUUAUUGAUUUUGCAUUGAUAACUUUCUGGAGUGCUAAACUUCAAAGAAAAGAAUGGACACCACAAAGGAUCAUCAAAAUGUUGUUACCUUAGAUGUCCAUGCUGCCAAAGAUCUAUUACAUUCAUCUGGUUACAAUUAUCUUGAUGUGAGGUCAGUUGAGGAAUUCAAUAAAAGCCAUGUUGAGAAUGCUAUUAAUGUCCCCUAUAUGUUCAAAACAGAAGAAGGAAGGGUGAAAAAUCCUGAUUUUGUUAACCAAGUUGCAGCAAUAUGUAAGAGUGAGGAUCACUUGAUUGUGGCUUGCAAUAGUGGAGGAAGAUCGAUUCGAGCCUGCGUUGAUCUCCAUAAUUCAGGAUUUCAACAUAUCGUCAACAUGGGGGGAGGCUAUUCUGCGUGGGUGGACGCUGGUUUUGCAGGUGAUGACAAGCCUGCAAACGAGCUCAAAACUGCUUGCAAGUUUCGUCCAUAAUUUCUGCAAGUGAACAAUGUGUUUUAUGUACUAUCUGAGUGCCUAUCUUCCUCUUUUUUAAUUUUAUGAAUAUUGCCUAAUUUAAUUUUAAGUGAGGUCUAAGCUAUCUUUGAAAAAUUGUGAAUAAUUUGCUCAAUAAUCAACCAAAUUUGGUCAUAUAAGUACAUUUGUA